GAGCUGCUGGUGUUCAACAGCCGUUUCCCUGAGUCCUCUUGGGGUGGGCUUGUAGCGUCGUGUUUGUCGCAGCCAUGCACUGUCUUAAGGCGCUGCGUUUGCCAAACGUCAUACAAGUUAUUUUCAAAAGUACAGAUGCAUUAAGGAAGGUUUUCGUUAUUCAUCCAACAUGCUGUUUAAGCACCAAAUCAACUAUUGCCUUCCAGCGACGAUCGUCCGCUCACUCGGAUCAUUUCCAUCUCAAAAUGAACGUGCAUUCACAGUCCCCCGGUUUUGGAGUGGAAAAUAUGCUUUUCUACACCAUCACAGAAGGCAAAGAACAAGUGCCCGUCUCACAUUUCAUUGCAGCCUUGAAAAAAGCUGGCCUUCACCCCUCAGACCCUCGUCUGAGGGAGUGCAUGGAGAAGCUGCGACGGGCAGUGAGAGAAUCUGUUGGUGAGGUAAUGAUGGACAAAGACCUUUUCCAUAGGUGUGUUGGUGGUAAUGUCGUUCUGCUCAUCCAGGCCUUCAGAAGGAAAUUCAUAAUCCCUGAGUUUGAUGUAUUUGUGCAAAAAAUAGAUGAAAUCUACAAAACAGUGCAAAAACAAAAUGAUGGGAAGGUUGCAAACUAUAUCCCCCAGCUGGCCAAGUUUAACCCAGAACUGUGGGGCGUGUCCUUGUGUACAGUUGAUGGCCAGAGGCACUCUGUGGGCGACACUAAGCAGCCAUUCUGCCUGCAGUCAUGUGUGAAACCCCUGCAGUAUGCCAUUGCUGUCCAUGAGGCUGGAACAGAGAGGGUUCACAACUAUGUUGGUAUGGAGCCCAGCGGACUUAAGUUCAACGUGCUCUCACUUGAUGAUGAAGAUAAGCCCCACAACCCCAUGGUGAAUGCUGGAGCCAUAGUGAUCAGCUCUCUUAUCAAGCCUCACUCAAAUAAGGCAGAGAAAUUUGAUUAUGUUAUGGAGUUUGUGAAAAAGAUGGCUGGCAAAGAAUAUGUUGGAUUCAGUAAUGCUAUGUUUCAGUCAGAAAAAGAAACAGGCGACAGAAAUUUUGCCAUUGGAUACUACAUGAAAGAGAAGAAGUGUUUUCCUCCGGGAGCUAAUAUGAUUGAUGCCCUGGACUUCUACUUCCAGCUUUGCUCCAUUGAGGUGACAUGUGAGUCUGGAAGUAUCAUGGCUGCCACUCUGGCCAAUGGAGGAAUCUGUCCAAUCACAGGCGAGCGUGCCUUGUCUGCAGAGGCUGUGCGAAACACCUUGAGCCUCAUGCACUCAUGUGGCAUGUACGACUUCUCUGGCCAGAUGGCUUUUCAUGUGGGCUUGCCUGCAAAAUCAGGGGUGUCUGGUGCAAUACUGCUGGUGAUCCCCAAUGUCAUGGGAGUGAUGUGUUGGUCUCCUCCACUGGACAGAGUUGGAAACAGCGUCCGAGGAAUACACUUCUGUCAGGAGCUUGUGUCACAGUUCAAUUUCCACAAUUAUGACAAUUUAAGACACUUUGUAAAGAAGCAGGACCCCCGCAGGCAGGAUGGUCAUGACAGGAACAAAUCUGUUUUCAACUUGAUGUUUGCUGCUUACAGUGGAGAUGUAUCGGCCCUGAGAAGAUUUGCCCUUUCAUCCAUGGACAUGGAUUUGAAAGACUAUGACUCCCGAACCGCACUGCAUGUUGCUGCAGCAGAGGGUCACAUAGAUGUAGUGAAGUUCCUCACCGAAACCUGCAAAGCUGAUCCGUUUGUGGAAGACAGGUGGGGGAACCUUCCUGUUGAUGAUGCCAUGCAGUUUGGACAUGAAGAGGUGGUGAAAAUGCUCAAAGAUUACCAGCAAGGCUACAAGCAGCAGGAAAAGCAGCACAGCGAGGCGGAGCAUCCCCAGAAGCUAGACACCAUCGAGGGCAUGGUGUGAUGUCUCAAAGCAGAGACCUCCAGCUGUAACCUUUCAGGGGCAUUCGUGCAAUCUGUUUAGAAAUUAAGAAGUCAAUUUUCAACACAUAAAAUAAUUGCCAAACACGAGCAGAGUGUGACUACAAGCAUACAAAUGAACCAUGCAAAGUAGCAACUUGAGACCUUAAUGAAAAAGGAAAAAAAUCAUAUGUAGAAACUGCACAGCAGGAAAGAACAUAUUGUGUAUAAAACAAAACAGAUGUAAAUGCACAUUUGCAGCUUAUAUAAACAAUGUGUUGCAGUAGUUUUAGACUUAAUUUGAUGCUGCUAAAAUACAUGAUCAACCUGCCUACAGUGUCCAUGAUCUGCAAGGUUCAUGUAUUUUUUAUUAGGGCCUUUGUUAUGUUUUACUAUGGUUUCUUUUUGUCUUUGAUUUGUUGUUUUUCAAUUUGUUUUAUUAUAAAAAGGCAUUUAAAUUCACAUUAUUGCAUAAAUUUUAUGUAUGAAGUGUUUUAUUUGACAUUUCUUGUAUUUAAAUAGUUUCAUAUGCAUCAUGCAUUAAAAACCACAUGAAACAUU